AUGACUCCACCCUGCGAUUUGUGGACAAGCUCUUCGAGGCCGUGGAGGAGGGACGGAGCUCCCGGCACUCCAAAUCCAACAGCGACCGGAACCGCAAGCGGGAGCUAAAGGUUUUCCAAGAAGUACCUGUGUGGCUGAGGAAGUGUCCUUGUAGGAUACGAACCGUUGUAGUGAAGAAGGGAUUGCAACUAACGCUUACAACCGGAUGUGUUUGGUGAUGACUCUGAGGUAUCCAAGGAAUCCUCUGGUGUCAAGAAGCGGCGGAUACCGCGGUUCGAGGAGGUUGAGGAUGAGCCUGAGGUCAUCCCGGGCCCGCCGUCGGAGAGCCCGGGGAUGCUGACCAAGCUGCAGAUCAAGCAGAUGAUGGAGGCAGCCACCCGGCAGAUCGAGGAGAGGAAAAAGCAGCUGAGUUUCAUCAGUCCUCCCACACCACAGCCCAAAAUUUCCUCCUCGUCGCAGUCGGAGCGUCUCCCCAUCGGCAACACGAUCCAGCCCUCGCAGGCAGCCACGUUCAUGAACGACGCCAUCGAGAAGGCCCGGAAAGCUGCAGAGCUGCAGGCCCGGAUCCAGGCCCAGCUGGCCCUGAAACCAGGGCUCAUUGGCAACGCCAACAUGGUGGGCUUGGCCAACCUGCACGCCAUGGGCAUCGCGCCACCGAAGGUGGAGCUGAAGGACCAGACCAAGCCCACGCCGCUGAUCCUGGACGAGCAGGGCCGGACGGUGGACGCGACCGGGAAGGAGAUCGAGCUGACCCACCGCAUGCCCACCCUCAAAGCCAACAUCCGGGCUGUGAAGAGGGAGCAGUUCAAACAGCAGCUCAAGGAAAAGCCCUCGGAGGACAUGGAGUCCAACACGUACUUUGACCCCCGGGUCUCCAUAACCCCGGCCCAGCGGCAGAAACGCACCUUCAAGUUCCACGAAAAAGGCAAAUUUGAGAAGAUUGCCCAGAGGUUGCGAACGAAGGCUCAGCUAGAAAAGCUGCAGGCAGAGAUCUCCCAGGCUGCCAGGAAAACUGGGAUUCACACCUCCACCAAGUUGGCUCUGAUCACCCCUAAGAAGGAGCUGAAGGAGGGGGAGAUCCCGGAGAUCGAGUGGUGGGAUUCCUACAUCAUCCCCAACGGCCUGGAUUUAAAAGGCGGGACGUCCUCCAAGAGAGACGAGUACUUUGGCAUCACAAACCUGGUGGAGCACCCGGCCCAGCUCAACCCCCCCGUGGACAGUGACACCCCUGUGACCCUGGGCGUGUAUUUAACAAAGAAGGAGCAGAAGAAACUACGGCGCCAGACGCGGCGAGAGGCCCAGAAGGAGCUGCAGGAGAAGGUCAGGCUGGGCCUGAUGCCACCGCCAGAGCCCAAAGUGAGGAUUUCCAACCUGAUGCGGGUGCUGGGCACGGAAGCCGUCCAGGACCCGACGAAGGUGGAAGCUCACGUCCGAGCACAGAUGGCCAAGAGACAGAAAGCUCACGAGGAGGCGAACGCGGCGAGGAAGCUCACGGCGGAGCAGCGGAAAGCCAAGAAGGUGAAAAAGCUCAAGGAAGACGUUUCCCAGGGAGUUCACAUAGCUGUCUACAGGGUCCGAAACUUGAGCAAUCCAGCAAAAAAAUUCAAAAUCGAGGCGAACGCGGGGCAGCUUUACCUCACAGGUGUGGUGGUCCUGCACAAAGAUGUCAACGUGGUGGUGGUAGAAGGAGGCCCGAAAGCACAGAAGAAAUUCAAACGUCUUAUGCUCCAUCGAAUAAAGUGGGACGAGCAGACGUCAAACACGAAGGGAGAGGGUGAGUGA